ACUUGAUUUAGUAGAGAACUGUGAGACAAAUGAAAGAGUGUUUCUGUAUCUCUCUCUGUCCAACUGUUUUGUCUUCUUACUUCGAAACUCUCUCUUCCUCUUUCUUUCUCUCUCUCUUCUCUCCCAACUAAACCAACAUGAUGAUGCCAGAUGAUCAUCAUCACCUCUCAGUCCCCAGCUAUGUCCUUAACCAAGAACACAUCACCCCAAAUCCUAACCCUAACCAUAAUACUGCCACCUCAAACUCAACCAAGAAGAAAAGAAAUCUCCCGGGAAAUCCAGAUCCAGAUGCAGAAGUCAUCGCUCUAUCGCCAAACUCCCUCAUGGCGACGAACCGAUUCAUCUGUGAGAUCUGCAACAAAGGAUUUAAGAGAGACCAGAACCUUCAGCUUCACCGGAGAGGCCAUAACCUUCCAUGGAAGCUAAAGCAAAGGACGAACAAAGAGCAAGUCAAGAAGAAAGUGUACAUCUGUCCUGAGAAGAGCUGCGUACACCAUGACCCAGCUCGAGCCCUCGGUGACUUAACCGGGAUCAAGAAGCAUUUCAGCAGAAAACAUGGAGAGAAGAAGUGGAAAUGCGACAAAUGUUCCAAGAAAUAUGCUGUCAUGUCCGAUUGGAAAGCUCAUAGCAAAAUUUGUGGUACCAGAGAAUACAGAUGUGACUGUGGUACCCUCUUUUCCAGGAAAGAUAGUUUCAUUACGCAUAGAGCAUUUUGUGACGCUUUAGCUGAAGAGAGUGCUAGAUUAGUCUCAACUCCCGCACCGGCACCUGCACCCGCUUAUUUGAACAAUGCCCCGGACAUGGAAGUCAACCUUGGAAACAUGAAUGCAAAUCCUCAAAAUCGACAACUGAACACUACAUCUUCUCAACUGGACCAACACGGUUUCAAUACCAAUCGCAAUAACAUCAAUGCCUUCUUGGGACAAACCUUUACCAACCAGCUUCCCUUACCAACAAACGUAUUCGCCUCCUCAUCAUCGCUUUCACCUCGUAGUGCAUCAGAAUCGCUUCAAAAUCUUUGGCAUGUACAAGGACAAUCAUCUCACCAAUGGCUCGUCAACGAAAACAACAACAACAACAUUCUCCAGAGGGGAAUCUCCAAGAACCAAGAAGAACAUGAGACUAAGAAGGGAAUUAGUAACGGUUCUUUGUUCUCUUCAGAAUCUCGCAAUAGUUAUACUCCAAACGGUGGACAAGUAAUGGCAUCCAUGUCGGCUACUGCAUUGCUACAGAAAGCGGCUCAAAUGGGAUCAAAGAGAACAUCAUCAAGCUCCGACAAUAGCACGGCUUUUGGUUUAAUGACUUCCUCCAUCUUCAACAUCAAACAAACGGAGAGUAAUGUAAAAGCUAAGGAAGUUGAUGAAAGAGGCUUCACCAGAGACUUUCUUGGUGUGGGAAGUCAACACCGUCCCUGGCAAUUAUUAAUGGCCAACCAUAAUCAUCGCGAGUCAUCUCCUCCGGCAAGAACCAACGGCAUGAAUCAGUAAUCAGAAACUAAUCCAAGUGACGAAGAGUGUACAAAUCAACCACGGCAGCACAAAACGAAGAAAACUGUGAAAGAUGAUGAUAUUCCGAGUCGGAGAGAAUCUCUGAGUUAACUCGGUGCUGCAGACUGGGUCCUCGCGCUUGACGAAGAUGGCUAUUAGGGUCCACUCCUGCAUGCAUGGGGAAACUUCUGACCAUGCAUGCACAACAAACCAUACGCUAUGUCUUUUCCUAUUCUUCUUUUUCUUUUCUUGUAACUAUUUCAUGACUUUUAUUUUGAAAGAUUCUAAAAGAAACGAGGACAAUGUUUGUACGUAGGUUAUGUUAAAACUUUAUGUAGAUGUUACAUUUUUUUCCCC